ACCACACCUGAAAAUAGUACGCCAUAAGUGGUCACUUCAGCGUAGUAGACAUCCGUUGUCAGAAACAAAACUGUCAUCAGGCAGUAUACCAAGCGUUAAGGUUUGUGUGUAAGUGAUGGAUGUCCUAUAGAGGUACGUGCUGUACCAAUAUAGGACGGUGAAUAAUCGGAUCUCUGUAACGAUGAUGCGAAUGUCGGUACUUCCUGACGGAUGCUCCGAUUUUGAUUCCAAUAACAGCAAACACCGAGUGGUCACUAAACAAGGGACAUUUCGGGUCAAACUGGACAGUGGAAACAAAUUUAUUAUAUCACAUUACUUCAGGGAUGCUCUGACAACUUUAGUAGACGCAAAAUGGCGUUGGUCAUUUAUUAUCUUCGUUAUGGGAUUCAUAUUGACUUGGUUGGUGUUCGCUCUGUUGUACUACGGCUAUAGUAUAGCUCAUAACGACCCCGAGAUCAUCAGCCUCGGGGAAGAUUCUGAUGAAACACCAUGUAUUUAUAACGUAUUUGACUUUACAAGUGCCUUCCUGUUUUCUAUAGAAACCCAACACACAAUUGGAUACGGCUACCGGGGCCUCACGUCAGAGUGUCCACACGCCGUACUGACGGUAUUUUUCCAAUUUGUGGUUGGGUUGGCCGUCCACUGUUUGACGGCUGCUCUCGUUUUCACUAAAUUGCAACGGUCAAAGUGUCGCGGGGAGACCGUUGUGUUUAGUAGCAAGGCCUGCAUUGGAGUUGUCGAUGGACAAUGGCGACUCAUGAUCAGAGUCGGCGACUUCCGGCGCUCGCAACUCUUGGGGCCUAAAGCCACUGGCAUCAUGGUCCGACGCAGUGCUGAUAACGAAGGGAAAGAAUAUCUGCAGCAAAGCUUUAUUGACUUUCAAUCAGAGGGCGGAAGUGACGUCCUAACUCUGCUUUGGCCUGCCGUUAUGUAUCACAAUAUUGACGUCAACAGCCCGCUAUGGCCGCCGGAGAAAUUGGACGAGUUUGGAGGAUUCUCCGAAUUGGUUGUGCUCUUGGAAGGUGUCAUUGAAUCAACCAGCAUGACUGUCCAGGUAAGGACGUCUUACAUUCCAGAGGAGAUACACUUUGGCUACAAGUUCCAGACCAUCUGUCCACAGGUGCAGGAGAACGAUAAAUAUCAGUGUAGCUACUUUGAUUUCAACACCAUCCGUCCGAUCAACUACCGCAAAAAGAAAGUCCAGUACAGCCAGCAGGGUCACCGCCGACAGCCCCGACCAAUCAAGGAGUACAACUAAUCAUAGACCACCUAGGGGGCACAAUGACCAUCACUAUCUGCGGAACAAUCACGCGCCGUGUAACUAUGGACACAGAACUUGCUAUGUGUGUGGCUUUAACUGCAAGGUGUGUGGUUGGACACGAUAAAGUUAAAUAUACGUAAUUUGAUUUUUGAUUGAACAUUUUGUGGUUGGACACGAUAGAGUUAAAUUAAAUUAUUUAAUUUUUGAUUGAACAUUGAGUACUUAAUUACACAGACUUUGCUAUGUUAAUAUUUAGCUUGGACACAUUUGUGAUUUUUUAAUAUACAGAAAAGGUAUGUAGCAGGAACACAAUAAUAAUUAUUAUUUGGAAAGCUUCUGAAGACUGACAUUUAGCAACAGUGGUGACUCUUUACUACAAAAUAGUACUGUGACUUAACAUAUUGAAAAGCUUACGACGUACGGUGACGUGCAUUAUGUCUUCCAAGUUACGCCAUUUUCCCAUCAUGUCAUAUUAAUUAAUUAACUUUCGAACAAUAAUUCUAUUUUAUUACUUCACUUUAAGUCAAAAAUGAUGAUAUUUUAAAAAGGUAAAGAAUUACCCUGCGCUUCUAUUGGUUAUAUUUAUAGAUCGCCGGCGGUUAUCUCAAAUUCUAACCAUAAUGAGUGAAUGGACCAAAGCAAUUUUUAUGGCAAAAUUUAGCAAUGUGUUCAUGGAAAUGACGUCAAAAUAUAACAUGUAUGCUGGGAUGAUAUCUCGAUAACAGAAUCACGGACAAUAAUAUAAAUAUUACCACAAUAAACACGGGAUAAUUAUACAACAGGAUAGUAAGUUAUAUCAAAUUGGGAUGUUAAACGAAGUGACGGAAAUAAUUUGAACCCCCUCCCAGUAAAUCAACAUAAGUUAGAAUCCAAUGACGUAACGUGAAAGACUUACGGCACUCACUGUAACAGCAUUUAGCUUGAUGAUUAUACGUCUGUGCUGUACAACACUGUGAUCAUAUAGGUUCAAAUAGUGUACUGUGUAUUUUCAAACUGGAUACUAGUAUGAGUUAUGUAAACAUACGCUACGUGCCCUACUGUACGUGUACCUUUUGUAUUAUAAACCAUGAUAUCCGCGUUCUAUAUUACAACGUUCAUAGUAAAACAAUCGAAAGAAUGUUGCCUUUUAUCGUGUGUUGACUUGAAUCAUUUUUCGUUAAUAUCUCCAGUAAUUAAAAGUAAAAUUCAUUUAUUCUUAGUCGGGAUACAUUAUUGAUUAAAUGUACAUAGUUAACGUGCUGACAGAUAUAAACUUAACCGUACGAAUGGCGAUUUUCUUGCUUUUCGAUUUAGCAUCUAGCUGCGUUCCGCUAACAAACAUUCAACAUAUUAUCGCACCUGACUACGGCAUUACUACUCCUAGUGCUACAAGGUAUUAACGUUGAUGUCGCGUAUCACCUGUAGCACUAGCCUUGCUCAAGUCCGAUAAAUUGAAGGAUAUGGCGCGAAGCACCAGUCCUGUGUAUCCUUUAUAUAGAAGUUGUUGUCACCACUGCUCUCAUCCAUGUAAUCUUUUCGGAUCGUAGAUAACGGCCCUGUCGGCAACAUUUGUUAAUGUUUCGAUCUACUUUAUAAUUAAUUACAUGUUAUCUAAGUCCGUGGUAUAAUUAAGACCAGCAAUUGUUGGGGUAGGUGCUGGAACCGUAGCACAGAUCGGAAAACGUAUAAAGGAGAGGGGUGUGCAUCCUCUAAAGGAAGAGUAAAUGUGGUCCAGCUUCAUUCGUUCAGUUUUCCUUUUAUUCGAAUUCUCGGAAGGAACUACAUGGACAUGAGAAUUUGUUACAGCUAAUUUUGGCCUUUGGUGAGCGUCUAAAUUCUGUACAUCUCAGUUGAGGUACAGAUAUAGCUGUAACAAAUUCUCAGAUCCCUGUGUUAGGAACCUGUGCACACCGGUACAUGACCGACUAAUAUUCCGAUCUCUAGCAUAAGGUUGUAAAACACGGGUUAAAGAAUUUGAAAAUGUCUUAAUGUGUUGUGUUCAAAACAACACGCCGCCUUACACCAAACCUUCACAAAAAGAUAACAACUAUGUAAAAAAACUGUAAUUCUCGUUCAACGGGAGGUAACUAGGCCGACCAAGUUUCGAUGACAUGACCUCCCAAGUUUAAAUAUACGUAUGCCGUUUAUUCACCGUAGUAUAGAUGUGUUUAGGCCAUAUCCUGACUGUAGAGGUUUAUAUUCUAACCAUAUUGGUAGAACUUUGAUUCUUGGACGUUGUGUUAUAUACAUGGUAUAUAUUAUAUUAUAACCUUUAAUAGAAUAUCCGGAACUAACCGUUUUUGUGUAUUAUUGUAUUCCGUCUCCGUAUCUUGUUUCUAUGUUUUGUUGUUUGACUUCCUGUUCCGGGAAUAAAAUGAAAAGUUGAAGAGUGAAGUUGUUUCGAUUCAUCUCUUAAUAAUCCUCUCACAUCGCAAACC